UUCAAGUGUACAUCAUUGUUUUGGAUUGAUGAAUUUGAUGGUAGUUUCUCAACAAAUCAUAUCCACAAUUCUGCGACAAAUUGUCACUGUUCAUUACGGUUUUGUUUUGAAGAAACUCGUAAAUUGUGUAUAUGCGUGUUUCAAACAAAUAAAAAAAACCAAUCCGUUUCUUUUUUCGUAUAGUGUUUGUAUUUGUGGCGUAGAAUUAGUUAGAAGAAAAAACGACAGAGAAAAUAAAAUUCCGGUCCGGCUUAAUUAUGGUCGAUUAUGAUGAAAAUGGUUAUGCGGCCGAGCUGAAGGAGAAGCCCGUUUGCCGUUUUUGUUUAACACAAGAUGAUACAUUGACCAAUAUUUAUUCGACCAAAUCGAAUGCCAAUUCACAAGCAUCGCUUAGCAUGCAAAUUAUGGCAUGCGUUUCAAUUGAGGUAUUUGCCGAUGAUGAAAUGCCAAACACAAUAUGCCAUCCGUGUCGAGCGUUAAUGGAUUAUUGUUAUCGUUUCAAGCAAAUGUGUAAAAAAGCCGACACACUUUUGAAACAAUAUCCGUUAACUGGAGUUUGGCCCGACCGAUUGGAUCAUCCGAAAUUUCCAAUUAAAUUACAUCAGAAUAAUAAAUCUUCGGAGUCGCGUGAACCAUUGACAGCUCAAAGUCUGAAGCGAAAAUUGCCGCAAACAAUAACAAUAAGUACACCAUCAAAGCGUUUAAUGACAACAUCAUCAUCACAGAUCGAGAAUGAAAUACCGAUUGAAGACAUGGUUGUAGAAUAUGCUGACGAGCAAAUAAUCGAAGAGAUUUUGCCAACGCCAAAAAUACUCAAUAUUAAACCAGCGCCGAUCAAAAUUCUCAACAAACAGGCGUCAACAAUAAAAUCCAUUGAGCCGGUGCUACGAACGUCCGUCGUAAAAACCAGCGAAGAUGGUAAAAUUGAGGUUGUGUCCGAAAUUAUGGAAAGCGAUGAUCCCGAAUUGGAUCCAAUAAAAAAUGCCGCCCCAGUCGAAACAAAUGUAUUCCCAUGCAAUUAUUGUGAACGAUCAUUUCCGUUGCGUCAAUUGCUCGAUAUUCAUAUAGCAAAUCAUGUACGUGAUCGAAAAUUUCAGUGUAUGGUAUGCAAUAAGGGUUUCUUCAGUAAGUACGAUUUGGGAAAGCAUGAAUUGAUUCACACGGGUGAAAAGCCAUUCAAAUGUGUUGUGUGCGGCAAGGCAUUCUCUCGUUCCACGCUGCUUAGAAGACAUGAAAAAGUCCAUUCGGAUCAGCCGAAAUUCUUGUGUGCCUACUGUGAACGUCCAUUUUUAUCGAAGGAAGAAUGGGAGAAGCACACGCAAAAUCAUCAAAAGAAACGGCCAUUCACAUGCGAUGUGUGCAAUAAAAGUUUUGCAUUUAAACAGGGUUUAGAGCGUCAUGAAAUUGUUCAUUCAACCGAUCAACCGUUCAAGUGUGAACAUUGUGAUCAAGGCUUUUCAACGCAAGGUAAAUUGGCACGUCAUUUAACAGCCCAUGCUGGCGAUCGCCCGUAUCCAUGCCGCAUUUGCGAUAAAUCCUAUUUGUUAAGCCAUCAUUUGACACGGCACAUGCGUUCGCACAAGGAAAACAAUCAAAUCAUUCACAAAUGCUCCGAAUGUUAUCUAUCGUUUGCAAAACGUGAUGAAUUGGUUACACAUUCAACGGUGCAUGCAACAGAAAAUUUGGUGUGUCCGCUGUGUAAAACAACAUUUGAUGAUGUUGACGAUGUAUCUGAGCAUAUUAAACAACACACCGAAGGUGAACAAUUUGCAUGCGAAUUUUGUGAUUUAAUAUUUUUAACGGAGACACAAUUGCAUGAACACAGCGACACCCAACAUUUGGAAGAAAUUGAAUUGUAUGAAAUGUCCAAUACAAACGAUGAAAGUUUCGAUGACAGCACGGAAUAUGUGAAACCCGAUACCGAUGAAAUUAUCGAAUAUACCGAACAAGUUGAAAUCAUUACACCGAACGAAAUUUUGGAGCACGUCGAUUCACCAGUACCCAAAACAAAAACAGUCAAUCGAAGCUAUGGAAAAUCAAAUGCGAAACAAAUAAAACAAGAAAUUGUUAAAACAACACCAACAAUAAAAAGCAGCAAAUCGACCGGAUCGGAUGAAAAUAGCAUGAAAAUUUUGGUGAAAACAUCAAAUAAUUUAUCGCCAAAUACACGUGCGUCAACAAUAAAUGCAAAAAAUGCCAACAAAAGUGGAAUAGUGAUCAGUGGUGAAAAAACACCAGACAAAACAAUAAGCACAAGAUCCAGCAAAACAUCACCGAUCACCGGCAAAUUGACAUCAAUUGAAAAAUCAUCGACAACACCAGCCACCACGACUGUGGUAAAAAAACUAUCGUCACAAACGUCACUCACGAAAUUCCUUACCAUCAAACCAUCAAAAUCGAAUGAACAAAACGAACCAAAUACACCAACGACAUUGAAAAAACUCAUCCCAUUGCCCACAGUUAAAACGGAACAAGGAAAAACAACCGGAUCGCCACCAAAACUCGCCAAUAAAUUGGUGAAAGUAAAACAAAUUCGAAUGACCAAACAACAAAUUGAGGCGCUGACGAAAGAGGGAAAAAUUGAAAUGCGCGGCGGACAAAUGAUUUUUAAAAAAGAAACAACGUCACCAAAGAAAAAGUAAUCGUAACGACAUCUCUCUACUGAGACAUCAACAUUUUAGAUGAAUCGUCGAAACUUUAACUUAGUUUAAAUUCUAGUAAUCAUAAGAUAACUUGGAAUAACUUUCACAUUUCAGUUCUUUUUAAGUUAGAAACACGUUUUGAGUCAUUUUGCUUUUUUUCAUUUUAUUUUGCGUUUAUCAAGUCCAGUGUUCAAUUUAUAUUUCAUUGGAUUCAAUCUGUAUUUUAGGAAAUAAAAUGGAAAUGCACACGGUAUAGGCUCUCCAGUAGAAUAGAAGUAUUUGCAGCUGCAUAUGAAUGCGGUGUCAUGCAUACCGUGCUUAUUAUGAAAAUUUAAAUUGCUACAAACAGAUUGUGAGCCAUUGAAUAAUCUGGUCGCAAAAUCAGUGAAUGUCAGUCAUUAUUUUUUAAAACACUAUUCCCAUGGCGGAAAAUUUGAAAGAUUGAGAAUUAAUUGAGAUUUUUUUUAUUAAUAUAAGAAUAUUGAAAAAAAUGGAAUAUUUUUUUGUGUCUAAUUUUCCCAAUUGUGUUGAUUACCUUAAAUUGUAUAGGAAAAUUAAAAGUGCAAACUUACCUAUUGAAAAAUGCUUUUGUCACAUCAUCAAAAUAAAACAAUCAAUAAAAGAAAUGUUUCUUGUAAAUAGAAA